UUUCAUGUUUAUAUUUUGAACAUGAAGGGCAUUAAAACAUUUUUUAUUUUUUCAUUAUGGAUGCCCUUCACUGUGGUCCCAGAAGUGAAUAAACAGACAUGCAGUGUGCUUUACAGAAGCGAUGUGGAUGAAAAAUCCUUCACACAGUCUAGUUACAAAACUGGAGAAAAAGUUUAUUUCACUUGCAAGGGAGGAUACAGAAAAAAAGAGAAUACAGACUACAUCACAUGCACAGAAGGUGUCUGGGAGCCAAGAGAUAUGUGUGAAGUGAUGACUUGCAGUGUGACAGAUCAAGAUCCAUUUGUCAUUGGGAGAUCAAGACACUAUGACGGACUUUACAGAGUUGAACCAUAUCAGUACAGGUAUAACUGUAAGGAAGGAUAUGAAAAACCAGACAGAUAUGCUUAUGCACAAUGUACAAUAAAUGGAUGGAAGCCAGAUCCACUGUGUCAGACAAAAGAAAAAGUGUGUAAUAAACCUCAGAUAAACAAAGGAUAUAUCUACCCAGGUAAAACCACUUACAAUAAUGAAGAAACUAUAUAUUAUGUUUGCGUUACUGGUUAUAAACCUACAACAGAAGGAUGGUGGGGACACAUAACAUGCACAGAUCGAGCAUGGUCGCGCAAUCCCAAGUGUAUUGACGAAAUGAACUGUGGCAUUCUACCACCGAUUGUUAAUGGAAGGUCAUGGGGAGUCCAACGUGAUGAGUAUUCAAAUGGAGAAACUGUACACGUUCAGUGUAACACUGGGUACAAGCAGGUACGCCACAGUGCAAAAUGCGUGAACGGAAACUGGAUAUUACCAGAAUGUACAGAAACUGGACUACCUUGUAAAGCCCCUCCUAGGAUAGAAAAUGCAAUAAUUACUUUGCCCUAUGAGAAGACAUAUCUUCAUGCAUCCAAAGUGACAUAUAAAUGUCUUCCUUUGUUCACCAUUGAGGGGAAAGAAGAAGUUGAGUGCAGAAAUGGAAACUGGGCUGUUUUGCCAAGAUGCAUACCAAAUCUUUCAUCGUGCAAACAGCUUCCAGCAAUAGAAAAUGGGGACACAAUUUCUAAUAAACGGAAAGGUGACCUGUAUGAAGAAGCUACCUUUCAGUGUUCCAGGUAUUAUAAAUUGGAAAGCAAACGAACUGUCAGAUGCCAGAAUGGAAACUGGGAGGAACUCCCAAAAUGUUUAAAACCUUGUGUGAUAGAAAACAUACCUGAAAAGCAUCAUGUUCAGAAUCCAGGUUCCACAGUAUAUGUUGAAGAAGGGAAAAAACAUACAUUUAAAUGUAAAAGUGAAUAUUAUAAAGACACCUGGUACUGGAGUACGAAUGUUGAUGGGAUUUGCAAAAAUGGACAUAUGGAAUUUCCAACAUGUUAUGUACAGAUACUAAAAGCUAUUAUAGAAAACUGACUUUUAAAAAAAUCACAAAUGCAGAUUGUUUAUUGCAUUUGAAAGUAAAUUCUUGUUCCUCAACCUCAGUGAAGGAGCAUGUGUUUAACAUAUUAAUAAAGUGGAAUGUCUGCAGUAAUAAUUGUUAUUAACUACUUUAGGAAAGCUGGUUCUGAGCUUAAAAUAUAAAACAACAAACACAGGUAUUUGCCAAGAUAAAGGAAACAUAUGAUCAAAUGAAAUUUUCAUUCAAAUUAUAUUCACAUCAUUCAAGGGCACCGGUUAUUUUGGACUUUAUUGUAUUCUAUGAAGUCAAGACUUGUUCAAGUGUGAAUAAUUCACAUUGCAUUUCUUACAAACAUUUUGAUUUUACCACAAAAAUCUAUUCCUUCUCCUUACAGGUGUACAGAUGUAAAGCUAGACAUCUAUACACAGGUAAUCACAGGGUUUGGAUUUAUUGCCAGUCAGACAAGUAAAACCCAGACAUGUUCUUUUCUUAUAUGUCUAGACAAAUCAUAGUUUAUUUUACUGACUGAAAAUGUUUCAGAAAUAUAAAUAAUGUGCUUUCAAAUGUAGGAUUGUGGUGAAUGACACUGUUAUCAAGUUUGAAACAAUUAAUUUGGCAAAGUUGAUGAAGUUUAAGAAUUGGCUUAAGCUCCUGAGGAAAAGCACAAAUAUUGACAAUGACAGAUGUGCAAUAUAUAUAUGAAUAACAUUUAAUGCUCUUUGUAAUCUUUUUGUCAGGUUUGUUAGUAUAUGAAAAAGAAGACUGAUGGAAUAGAUAAAAGAAUUUUGUUGAUCGGAGACAAAAUGUUUUCUUGAAUUGCAAUUUUGUUUGCUUUGAGUUAUGCAAUAUUUUGGAGAGGAAUGUCUGUAAGUGAAUUAAUGUAAAUAUAAAUGUCAGAAACAUGGCAUUUCUGCUGGGGGAUUGAAAACAUAGAGCUUUAUAGAUGUGAACAUUCAAGCAUUUGUUUAAAGGGCUUUCCAAAACUAGAUAUGCUUCAACUCUUGAAUUCUUAAUUGAUGUAUCUUUAAUUUAAAGAACUGAUCCUAAUACCUUAACAAAUGUUUUUCCAAAAAAUAUCAUAGACUGUUAAUGUAGAACUCUUAAUAAAUAUAUACUACUAUCGA